GUCCCCGGGUUCGAGCUGCGGUGACACUCGGGACCGCACUGUCACGGUAGAAGCACAUCGCAGGCGGCCGCUGCAGUGGACUACAGGGUCUAUUGGCAUGUAAUUUACGAGCACCGGCGGGCAAAGCGAGCCGCAGCGCAGACUGGUACAGACAGAGAGUGUCGGCGGCGGUGUCCGCGUGCUGCCUCUAGGAUGGUCGCGCUCCUCCGCGCCCGCGGAGCCACGCGCUUGUUCCCCUGAGGGAGGGACGCUGCUGGCUCGCGGACCCCCCGCUCUCGUGGACAGACCGAGUGUCUUCGUUCGCCGCGCGAGUGGAUGAGCGCUACCUCCGGGGGCUCCGCCAUGUCGCACGCGGCUCCGCCGGAGACCAGGAGGUUCACGCGGUGCCUCAGCAAGCCGGGCACGGCGGCCGAGCUGCGGCAGAGCGUGUCGGAGGUGGUGCGGAGCUCCGUGCUGCUGGUGGAUCCCACAAUAUCUCAAGCCAGGGCAGUUCUGCACGCACCUGCACAGGCGAAGCCGAAAGUGAUCGAGCCACUGGACUACGAGAAUGUGGUGGUUCAGAGAAAGACGCAGAUCCUGAGUGAUGUCCUGAGGGAUAUGCUGCAGUUCCCCCUGGAGGACUUUCAGAUAUCAACUGUGAAGCGACAACGAAGAACACUCCUUCCGUCAGUGCCCGAAAAUGCAGAAAAAGAAGCACAGAGCCUCUUUGUCCAGGAGUGCAUCAAGACUUACAACUCAGACUGGCAUGUUGUCACUUAUAAGUAUGAAGAUUAUUCUGGAGACUUCCGUCAGCUUCCGAACAAGGUGGCCCGGCCAGAGAAACUGGCAGUGCAUGUCUUUGAGGUGGAUGAAGAUGUGGACAAAGACGAGGACACGGCCUCCCUAGGAUCUCAGAAGGGUGGGGUCACAAAGCAUGGCUGGUUGUACAAAGGCAACAUGAAUAGUGCCAUUAGCGUGACCAUGAGGUCUUUCAAGAGGAGGUAUUUUCACCUCACACAGCUUGGCGAUGGUUCAUAUAACCUCAAUUUCUACAAAGAUGACAAGAUCUCCAAAGAACCCAAAGGAACCAUAUUCCUGGACUCCUGUAUGGGUGUUGUUCAGAACAACAAAGUGCGUCGCUUUGCCUUCGAGUUGAAGAUGCAGGACAAAAGCACAUACCUGCUGGCGGCUGACAGCGAAAGCGAGAUGGAGGACUGGAUCAGUACCCUCAACAAGAUCCUGCAUAGCAGUUUUGAGGUGGCCAUGCAAGAGAAGAGGAAUGGUGAUGCCCAUGAUGAUGAAGAGCUGGGAAAAGCAGACAGCUCCUCUGUGGGUCUGGACAGCUAUCAGACUGCCAGAGACAUUGAGUAUAAAAUGAGGAGUGAAACCAGACUGAAGCUGUUCACCUUGGAUCCCGAAACACAGAAACUUGACUUCUCAGGAAUUGAACCUGAUGUGAAACAGUUUGAGGAGAAAUUUGGCAAGCGCAUCCUGGUAAACUGCAAUGACCUGUCCUUCAACCUGCAAAGCUGCGUGGCAGAAAACGAGGAAGGCCCAACAACCAAUGUGGAGCCCUUUUAUGUCACGCUGUCGUUAUUCGAUAUUCAAAGUAGUCGGAAGAUCUCUGCUGACUUCCAUGUGGAUAUGAACCAUCCGUCCGUCCGUCAGAUGGUGACCAACCCCAGCAGCCAGCAAAUGAAUGGGGGUGGGGACUCUCUGCCAGGUGGGAGGACACAGCUUUUUGACCUACACGAGAGUGGUUUGCAGUACCCCAGGCAGGGUGUUUUCUCAGUAACAUGUCCACACCCGGACAUCUUUCUAGUGGCUCACAUCGAGAAGGUCCUGCAGGGUGGCAUCACACACUGUGCUGAGCCAUACAUGAGGAACACGGACUCAACUAAGGCAGCACAGAAGGUCCUGAAGAACGCUAAACUGGCUUGCAGCAGACUGGGCCAAUACCGGAUGCCUUUCGCAUGGGCAGCCAGGCCUGUGUUCAAAGACGCAUCGGGCACGCUGGACAAGACGGCCCGCUUCUCAGCCAUCUACAGGCAGGACAGCAACAAGCUGUCAAACGAGGACAUGUUCAAACUGCUGGCAGAUUUCAGAAAGCCAGAAAAAAUGGCCAAACUCCCAGUAAUCUUAGGAAACUUAGACGUCACCAUAGACAACGUUCCCCCAGAUCUAACAAAUUGUGUGACCUCCUCGUACAUCCCCGUCCGACAGUACGACUGCAGCAGAGCGAGCCCACUAUUCGAAGUGGAGGAAUUCCUUCCAUGCAUAGCCAAGUGCUCACAGCCCUUCACCAUUUACAACAACCACCUGUAUGUGUAUCCCAGGAACCUGAAGUAUGAUGGACAGAAGUCCUUCACAAAGGCAAGGAAUAUUGCAGUUUGCAUCGAGUUCCGAGACUCUGAUGAGGAUGAUGUCCAGCCGUUGAAGUGCAUCUAUGGGCGGCCAGGCGGACGUCUCUUUACAGAAAAUGCAUUUGCUGCAGUUUUACAUCACCAGCAGAACCCAGAGUUUUAUGAUGAGGUCAAGAUAGAGCUGCCCACUCAGCUUCACGAGAAGCACCACCUAUUCUUCACCUUCUUCCAUGUCAGCUGUGAUAGUAAUAGCAAGGCCACUACCAAGAAGAAGGACCAGGUAGAGACACAGGUUGGCUAUGCUUGGCUUCCCUUGCUGAAGGAUGGCAGAGUGAUCACCAGUGAGCAGCAGAUCCCUGUUGCUGCAAACCAGCCAGCUGGGUACCUCAGCUGUCAAGAGGGCAUCAGUAAGCAUUCUGGGCCUGAGGUCAAAUGGGUUGAUGGAGGCAAGCCACUGUUCAAGGUGUCCACUCACCUGGUUUCUACAAUCUACACUCAGGAUCAGCAUCUGCACAACUUCUUCCACCAUUAUCAAAAUGAUGGGUCUUCAACCCUAGCAUCUGGAGGAGAGCUGGUGAAGUACCUGAAGAGCCUACAUGCCAUGGAAGGGCAUGUGAUGAUCCAGUUCCUGCCCACCAUCCUGAACCAGUUGUUCCGCGUGUUGACCAGUGCCACCCACGAGGACGUGGCAGUCAAUGUCACUAGAGUCAUGAUCCACAUUGUGGCACAGUGCCAUGAAGAGGGUCUGGAGCACUACUUACGUUCCUAUGUGAAGUAUGUGUUCAAAACUGAGCCAUUCACGGAAGCAACCUUGAAGACGGUCCAUGAGGAGCUGGCCAAAGCCAUGACAGUUAUAUUGAAGCCCUCCACAGAUUUCCUGAUCUGCAACAAGCUUCUGAAGUACUCCUGGUAUUUUUUUGAAGCUUUAAUCAAGUCCAUGGCCCAGUAUUUGAUUGAAAGCAAUAAAGUCAAACUCCCCAGAAACCAACGCUUUUCGGUCUCCUUCCAUCACACCGUGGAGACCCUGGUCAAUAUGCUGACACCCCACAUCACCCAGAAGUACAAGGACAACCUGGAUGCAGCCAGGAAUGCCAACCACAGCCUGGCUGUGUUCAUCAAGCGCUGCUUCACCUUCAUGGACAGGGGCUUUAUCUUCAAGCAGAUCAACAGCUACAUCAGCUGCUUUGCACCUGGAGAGCCCAAGACCCUUUUUGAGUUCAAGUUUGACUUCCUGCGCGUCGCAUGUAACCAUGAGCACUACGUGCCGCUGAACCUACCCAUGCCUUUCGGAAAGGGGAGAAUCCAGAGAUUUCAAGAUGUUUCUGUCUACGUGGAGUCACAUGGGAAGCCUGUAGACCUGCAGCUGGACUACUCGCUGACGGACGAUUUCUGCAGGAACCACUUCCUAGUAGGCCUGCUACUGAGGGAGGUGGGUGCAGCCCUGCAGGAGUUCCGGGAUGUGCGCCAGAUUGCCAUUCAGGUGCUCAAGAACCUAAUGAUCAAGCACACUUUUGACGACCGAUACUCCUCCAAGAGCCAGCAGGCCAGACUGGCCACGCUGUACCUGCCCCUGUUUGGUCUGCUACAGGAGAACGUGCACAGGCUCAACGUUAAAGAGAAUGGGAGAGAUGAUUCUCUCCUGAACAACUCUUUGGCAACCCCACAGAAGCCAGGAGGUAGCUUGGACAACAGCCUCCACAAGGACGUGUUUGGCGUGAUAUCUGGAACUGCAUCCCCUCAUGCCUCUUCCACCCCCAACAUCAACUCGGUUCGACACGCCGACUCCCGUGGUUCCCUCGUCAGCACUGAUUCCGGAAACAGCCUGCCAGAAAGGAGCAGUGACAAGACCAAUUCCCUGGACAAGGUACCACCCAAGAGCCAGCCCGCCUCGACCCUGGGGAGCUCACUGCUGCGUUGCGACAAGUUGGAGCAGGUCGAGAUCAAGAGCCUCCUCAUGUGCUUCCUGCACGUGCUCAAGAGCAUGUCGGAAGAUGCCUUGUUCACAUACUGGAAUAAGGCCAGCUCUGGAGAGCUGAUGGACUUCUUCACGUUAAUAGAGGUGUGUCUUUAUCAGUUCCGAUACAUGGGGAAGCGAUACAUUGCAAGGAACCAGGAAGGGCCAGGUCUAGUGGCACACGAGCGCAAGUCUCAGACUCUGCCUGUGUCUCGCAACAGGGCAGGAAUGAUGCAUGCCCGCCUGCAACAGCUCAGCAGCCUGGACAAUUCCUACACCUUCAGCCACAGUUACAGCCACUCUGAUGCCGACGUCCUGAACCAGUCAUUGCUGGAGGCCAACAUUGCCACCGAAGUGUGUCUGACAGUCCUGGACACGCUGAGUAUCUUCAUCACAGGUUUCAAGACCCAGCUAUGCUCAGACCAUGGUCACAACCCUCUGAUGAAGAAGGUGUUUGAGGUGCACCUGUGUUUCCUGAAGAUCAACCAGUCAGAGACUGCCCUCCGGCAAGUCUUCACUGCUCUGCGCACAUUCAUAUAUAAGUUCCCCAGCACGUUCUUUGAGGGCCGUGCUGACAUGUGCGCAUCCUUCUGCUAUGAGAUCCUCAAGUGCUGUAACUCAAAGCUGAGCACCAUUCGCAGUGAUGCAGCACACCUUGUCUACUUCCUCAUGAAGAGCAACUUUGAGUACACAGGCCGCAAGUCCUUCGUCCGCACACACUUGCAGGUGGUGAUUGCAGUCAGUCAGCUGAUUGCAGAUGUCAUUGGGAUUGGAGGAACCAGGUUUCAGCAGUCUCUGUCCAUCAUCAACAGCUGUGCCAACAGUGACAAGAACAUCAAGAACACAGCCUUCCCAUCGGAGGUGAAAGACCUGACCAAGCGCAUCCGCACAGUGCUGAUGGCCACGGCACAAAUGAAGGAGCAUGAGCGGGAUCCAGAGAUGCUAGUGGACCUGCAGUACAGCCUGGCCAAGUCCUAUGCCAGUACACCAGAGCUCCGCAAGACUUGGCUGGACAGUAUGGCACGCAUCCACGUUAAGAAUGGUGACCUUUCUGAGGCAGCAAUGUGCUAUGUCCAUGUGGCGGCUCUGGUGGCAGAAUACCUGCGGAGAAAAGGCAUGUUCAAGCAGGGCUGUUCGGCAUUCCGGGUGAUCACACCCAACAUUGACGAGGAAGUGUCCAUGAUGGAGGACGUGGGCAUGCAGGAUGUGCAUUUCAAUGAGGAUGUGCUGAUGGAGCUGCUGGAAGAGUGCGCAGAUGGCCUGUGGAAAGCAGAGCGUUAUGAGCUCAUCUCUGACAUCUACAAGCUCAUUAUUCCCAUCUACGAGAAGCGCAGGGACUUUGAGAAACUAGCCCACCUCUACGACACGCUGCAUCGAGCCUACAGUAAGGUGACGGAGGUGAUGCACACAGGAAAACGGCUCCUGGGGACCUUCUUUAGAGUUGCGUUCUUCGGCCAGGCAGCGGGCUUCUUUGAGGAUGAGGAUGGUAAGGAGUACAUCUACAAGGAGCCCAAGUUCACGCCUCUCUCCGAGAUCUCCCAGAGGCUGCUCAAGCUAUACUCUGACAAGUUUGGUCCAGAAAACGUGAAGAUGAUCCAGGACUCUGGCCGGAUCAAUCCAAAAGAUCUGGACUCGAAGUACGCAUACAUUCAGGUGACCCAUGUGACACCAUACCUGGAAGAGAAGGAACUGGCCGACAGGCUGACAGACUUUGAGCGGAGCCACAAUAUCCGACGCUUUGUAUUCGAGAUGCCCUUCACGGUUUCAGGCAAGAAGCAAGGCUGGGUGGACGAGCAGUGCAAGCGCAGGACCGUUCUCACGACCACACACUGUUUCCCCUAUGUGAAGAAGCGCAUUGCGGUCAUGUAUCAGCACCACACAGACCUGAGCCCCAUCGAGGUGGCCAUCGAUGAGAUGAGCCGCAAGGUGGCCGAGCUGCGGGAACUCUGCUCAGUCAGUGAUGUCGACAUGAUCCGCCUUCAGCUCAAACUGCAGGGCAGCAUCAGCGUCCAGGUAAAUGCUGGGCCACUUGCUUACGCCAGAGCGUUCCUAGAUGACGCUAGCAGUCAUAAGUACCCUGACAGCAAGGUCAGACAGCUAAAGGAUGUGUUCAGGCAAUUUGUGGAGGCCUGUGGCCAAGGCCUGUCCAUCAAUGAGCGGCUAAUAAAGGAGGACCAACAGGAGUACCACGAUGAAAUGAAGGCCAACUACCGGGACCUGAUAAGGGAGCUGUCCACCAUCAUGCACGAAUCGAUCAGCACAGUGGAGGACAGUAUAAGGACCACCUUGCCAGACUCGCUGCAUAUCUUCAAUGCCAUCAGCGGGACGCCCACUAGUGCGACUAUUCAGGGUGUGCCCAGUUCUUCCUCCGUGGUAUGAGGCAGACUACACCCGCUCCACCCUGACCCCCAACCCAUAUGCGCCAGAAAAGACCAGGUGCUCCCAGUCCACACCCCACCCCCACAGUUCGUCAGCCCUUCCCCUCUUUUGUCUCAGGUUUGCUUCCAGGCUGACAUGCAAAGUGGCCAUCUCAUCCAUGGGAACCUAGGAAGGUGUCCAACAACUUGGCCUCUUGACCAGUUUAAUGGCCUUAUAUUUUCUGGUGACCCUUUCCUUGGACAAAAAUGCCUUUGCCCAAAAAGAAAUGUUAAGAAGCAGAGAGAAAGAAUAAACACAAAACAAUGGACAACUGAAAAGUAGCCAGUUGAUAAUGUGUGAAUUCCCUUUCCUGA